AUGUUAGCAGGGCUUUCAUUUUGUGAGGAGGCAUAUAUGACUUUAAGCAAAGCUGCACAAACCGCACUUAAAACAGAGCAUUUAAAAGGACGUCACUAUUCACUGUUAACCAAAAACACUCAUUCUGCAUGUAGAAUUGUGAGGAAUCCACACCCAAAGUUUCUAAAAGUUUUUUUGAUACACCCUGUAUGUAAUAUGUGUAUAACGUAUAAGGAUAUUCUUUGUACCUGCAUUGCUCGACUGCCAUGUUUGAGUAUGUUAGCAUACAGCAACAUGACAUCAGCUUGGCGACUAUUGGCAAGAAGUGGUGAAGAUUUUCAGUGUCUCCGAUGUGGAAAAACAUAUAUGCACAAAGGCACUCUUAGUCGUCAUGUCCAAUAUGAAUGUGGCACAGUUCCACGAUUCACUUGCAGAAUAUGUGGAGCAAGAAACAGACGUCGUUAUGGUCUUACAAAUCAUCUCAUCAUGGUACAUGGUGUGCAGAAGAAACAAGCUGAAUUGAAUAUAACAGAAAAAUAUAUAGAAAAGACUGAAAAAUUUCAGUAGCAAUGUAACUCUGUAGAUAUUCCUUCCUUCUCACUAUGGCAAGAGUAAUAGUUUUUAUAUAGCCAGCUACUGAAAAUUUUACAAUUGGAGAAAUAGUGAAAUAAUUUGAUUGUAUGGUUUUCAGUAUUUCGGUGAAGGCUUUUGUUUUAAUACUGAUGUCUUACACUUAAUUGUUCUUAAUAAGAUAUAUGACAUACAUGUGUUAUACCUUUACAAUAUAUGAGGAGACACACUUAUAGACUUACGUGGUAGCUUUGGUGGUUAAUUAGGGAAACAAAUUACAACAAAGAUGUCUUUGGUUUCCUUCCCAGCUGUUCACUUUUAAGGCCUAGAAAUAGGAAAAAGUGUAGUUUGUCAUCAGCUAAUAAACAAUUAAAAAUAUUCACAAGAUGAGAGUGCAUACUCACAUCUAUGUAUAGAAAAUAUGUACUUAAAGGGAAGAUGUGGAAACAGAAGUAACAGUGGUAUCAAAAGGAACAGAAAUUUCCAUGUUUGCUUUUUUCAUCUCUCAGGAAGUGAUGACAAAGGAAAUGAAAAGUGAAACAAUACAAGCAAGAUCACAGUCACAACCUAGAAAUUAAGAAUGGUAUUUUUAUUAUAUUAGAAAGGAAGUCGUGCAAUGAUACAUUGAAUUUUUUUGAGUAAUCGAACUAUAGAUUCUGAGUUGAGCUUUCCCUUCUGGUACAUUUUUGGUGUAUUUACCUUUUCAUCCUUUCCCUCUCCCCUCAUUUCCUGUUCAUGGACAAUACCAAAUCCUUGAAACUUGCACUGGUUUUGGUGCCAAUGUCAGGUGCACUUUGAUGUGUUUACAGUAAGUACAACUUUUUCAAUAUUAAUCAGUUUGUUUCUUAUGUUUAAUUACUAGUUUUAAGCUGCAUGUGUUAAUCAGUUCAACAAUAAGCUAAUUUUAUCAAAUAAUUACAAUUUUAUAUAACAAAGAGACUGAAAGGAGACACUGUUGUCCAAGGGUUCAGUGAGAACUUAUUGCUUAGCCAUAGCAAUUUCUGAUCCACUGUGCUAUUUUGUCCUCCAUUUAUAUUACAACUUCAUUUUCUCUGAUUCCAUAAUCUUAACAUUUAUAUCAAAUAUAGUUACUGUAAUUAUUAAUGUCUGACAAUCCUUCAAAGCUUAAUAAAUUCUCAUUUUUCUUCCAUGCUAUAACAUUUCUAUUAUUUGCUUUUUGAUGUAACACACUAGUUUUUGAAAACAAUCCUAGAUCUAUUCCCUUACACAGAUUGUUGGCAUAAAACAGAUUGUUGUCAUACAUCAUGUUGUGAAGAGUGGUUCAGUGAUGCUUUCCUUCUUUCUUGUAUACAACAGUAUAAUUAAGAACUGAUAAUUGUGGUGUAUGUAGGUUAAUGCAUAAGAAUGACUGCCAAUUUCUCUGUCUUAAAUAGAUAGCUUGUUUCAUAUGCAUGAUCUAAAUAUUAACGGAUUCAUUUACAGGUGAAAAUGUGCCUAGCAAAAGUUACCAUGAGUAUUAUUACCUGCUAGUCAUAUGAACCAUAACUUAACAUUUUUUGUAAGUGUGUUUUAUGCAUGUAACACACACUCAUCUUAUAUUGUGAUAUAUGCACAUGUAACGGAAUUUUCAAAAUGAAAUAACAGUCUAAUAAAACUGGAAACAACUUUUAUGCAACAAAUGAUAUUUGGAUGCUAAUGAUGCUAAUGAGUUUCACAUGUGGAGUUUUCUAAAAUAUACAUAAUCCUUUAAGACUUAAUGUUACAUUACUUUUACUUGAGGUGUGGGACUUUACGAGAUGUGUUUCUGAAAUAUCUCAACACUGUGAUCCAUAUGCAUGUAUGUUUCAUUUUGUUUUGAAUAUGUCCCGUACAGGAAAGUGAGUCAAGUUUUUUGGAGUUAUUUUAUGGCAAUGACAGAUCAUUAAUGUAAAUUGAGGAAAGUGAUAGUGAAGUGUUUUGGCACUAGGUACUAUGAUUUAAAAUCAGAAGCCUGUGAAAGUUCACAAAAAAUACUCAAACUAGCUUUUACUGUCAGUCCACAUAGCAUUUUGUGCGAGGGAGUGAGUAUAGUUUCUUUCCUGUUAAGGCAUAACAUACAAGGGCAAAUGUUAAAAGAGAGGUCAGCAUGUCAUUUUGUGUAAAAUCGCUGUGAAUUAUGUCACAAACAAUUCUCUCAAAAACUUGUGAAAA